AUGGCUACUCUCGCUCUUCCGUCCGCAGAGCAGACGACCACGGGUGAGCACCGAGAGACGAAAGAGCUCCGAAAGGGGCGUCUCGUUUUGUUCGUGCUGCUUACCGCCUACUCCGGCCUGUUGAUGUCCCUCUUGUGGGGCGACUCGGUGUCCGUGGCCUCCGUCGGGGUGACCUACGUCGGCGUCGGCAGGCUCUUCGGAUGCUGGGAGCCGAGAACCGACGGAGGAAGACGGUGGCAGCUGGACGCCGUCCUCUGGUUCCUCUUCAUGUCGCUCGGGGUCCUUCAGGUCGAAGCAGCAGCGCCAGGAAGCAAUCUUGUUGCCGCUUAG